AUGCUAACCAUAACCCUAGCUCUAACUCUAACUCUAGCUCUAACCCUAACCCUAACACUAACCUUAACCCUAACUAUAACCCUAACCCUAAAUCUAAUCCUAACGAUAAAAAUAACCCUAGCCCUCAAACUAAACAGGACCCUAAACCUAACCUCUAUUUUAACCCUAAACCUAACCCUAACCCUAAGCCUAACCCAUAACCCUAACCCUAACCCUAAACCCAACCCUAAAUAUAAUCAAAACCCUAGCCCCAAUCCUAACCCUAACCCUAACCCUAACCCUAACCCUAACUCUAACAAUAACCCUAACCCUAACCACAAACCUAGCCCUAAACUUAAACCUAACCCUAAACCUAACCAUAACCCUAGCCUUAAUCUUAACCCUAACCCUAGCUUUAACCCUAUCCCUAACCCUAAUACUAGCCCUAACCCUAACCCUAACCUAAACCCUUACCCUAAACAUAAACUAAACCCUAACCUUAGCCCGAGCUCUUACAAUAGCUCUAAUCCUAAUCCUAAUCCUAACCCUAACUCUAAAGCUAACCCUAACUCUAGCUCUAACCAUAACUCUAGCUUUAUCCCUAACACUUACCUUUACUCUAACCUUAUCCCCCUAACCCUAUCCUUAGCCCUAACCCUAUCCUUAGCCCUAACCCUAGCCCGAGCUCUUACAUUAGCUCUAUAUCCUAACCCUAACCAUAAUGCUAACCAUAACCCUAGCUCUAACUCUAACUCUAGCUCUAACCCUAACCCUAACACUAACCUUAACCCUAACUAUAACCCUAACCCUAAAUCUAAUCCUAACCCUAACCCUAACCAUAAACCUAGCCCUAAACUUAAACCUAACCCUAAACCUAACCAUAACCCUAGCCUUAAUCUUAACCUUAACCCUAGCUUUAACCCUAUCCCUAACCCUAAUACUAGCCUUAACCAUAACCCUAACCUAAACCCUAACCCUAAACAUAAACUAAACCCUAACCUUAGCCCGAGCUCUUACAAUAGCUCUAAUCCUAAUCCUAAUCCUAACCCUAACUCUAAAGCUAACCCUAACCCUAGCUCUAACCAUAACUCUAGCUUUAUCCCUAACACUAACCUUUACUCUAACCUUAAUCCCAUAUCCCUAAGCCUAACUAUAAACCCUAACCCUAACCCAAACCCUAACCCUAAACCUAAAUCGAAACCUCAUCUAAACCCUAGCAACCCUAAUUCUAAACCUAGCCCUAACACUAACCCUAUCUAUAACACUAACCCUUACUCUAACCAUAACCUUUAUCCUAACACUAACCCUAAGCAUAAACCUAAACCUAGCCUUAACCCUAGCCCUAACCCUAACCCUAACGCUAACCCUAAUCCUAAACCUCAUCUAAACCCUAGCCCUAACACUAACCUUAACUCUAGCCAUAACCCUAAUCCUAACCAAAACCCUAUCCCUAACCCUAAACCUAAACUUAACCUUAACCCCAAUCCUAGCCCUAUCCCUAUCCCUAUCCCUAACCAAAACCCUAACCCUAACCCUAACUCUAAGCAUAAACCUAAACCUAACCUUUACCCUAACCCUAACCCUAACCAUAACCCUAACCCGAACCCUAACCGGAACCCUAACCCUAAACCAUAA